AUGUUUGCGGAUGAAACUCUCAAAGUCCUUAAUCACUAUCGCGCGAAAAGAUACAGCUCAAACCUCACUCCAGUGCAAAGACGUGGUAUGCAAGAGGUACGAGAGCUGAUAAGGUUGAAAACCAUAAGACUUUCCGUAAGUAAUAAGGGUGGAGAAUUUGUCGUAAUUUUUCAUCAGUUAGAUGUGGAGAUAACGAAAAAGCAUCUUGAGGAUGCUUCGCUUUAUCGCCCAUCAUCUGAGGAGGAAUUCAAAAGUAAAUACCGAAAACUAAACCACGAAUGGGCCAAAAUGGCAAGGGCUGCUGGUUUGAAACCAUCAGUUAUCUCUCAACUUAAAGUUGCCUUACCAACAUGCCCCGUCUUGUACUUACUUAUAAAAACUCAUAAGUUAGUAUCCAGCGAUGAUCUUGCGUCUAACGAUCCAUCACUAUUUAAGGUUAGACCUAUCAUUAGCUGCGUAGACGGGCCAACGGACAGGAUAACAUAG